AUGGCGGCUCCAAAAGUCAUAAUCAUGAUGUCUGACUACGGCCAUGACCCAACAGAGACGGCUGGACCAUACACUGCCUUCAAGGCCGCCGGCUUUGAGGUUUCAUUUGUCACGGAGAAUGGCAAGGCGCCUGAAUGUGACAAGAGAAUGCUGCAAGGAGUGACACAGAAAUUACUCGGCGCCACGAAGGGGGUCAUCGACUUGUAUAACAAGAUGGCUCAGUCAGACGAACACCAGCAUCCUCUCUCAUGGUCGGCACCGGAUUUCUCCUUGGAUCCCUAUGAUCUUGUCUUUCUGCCUGGAGGUCACGAGAAGUCGGUCCGUCAGGUAAUCGACUCGGACAUAGUCCAUAGAUUAUUGGUCGACUACUUUCCCAAGACCCUCAAACCAGGAAAGAAGGCACUUGCUGCCGUCUGCCACGGGGUGAUGGUCUUAUCCGAGAGCAAAGAUGCCAAUGGCAAAAGCGUGAUUCACCAAGCCACUACCACGACCCUCCCAGCCCGCUUUGAACAGGUCGCAUUCUGGGGCACACGAGCCUUCCUCGGUGACUAUUAUAAGACCUAUGGUGCAAGAACUGACAAUGUAGAGACGUGUGUACGCAAGGCUCUAGCAGACACAAAGCAAUUCAAGAACAGCCUCGUUCCCACACCAUUUGUUGUCGAAGACGGGAAGUACAACUAUAUAAGCGCCAGGUUUCCGGGCGAUGUUGACCUGUUCUCGGAGAAGAUUGUAGAACUCGUUAAGAGCUUACAGUGA